AUGAUUUCUCCUCACGAGAUAGAUGGAUGUCAAUUUUGUCAUGAAUUCGGAUCAAGUUAUCUCGAUUGCCUCCUCCGAGCCAAUAUCAAAGGUGCAUACUUACCAACCAUAUAUAAGUAUAGUGAUCACGAGCAUCCUCUCAACUUUACCAUCAUGCCAUUCUCAUUUAACUUCCAAUACAAGUGUUGUGCAUGUGGUGAGAUGGGAAAAUUUGUUAGCGACAAAUGUUUCCAAUGUAACUACGAUCUUCAUACCAAGUGUGCUUUGGUGAUCACGAAGGAUGUGAUUCUAGAUAAUAUAAAGCUCUUUAAGGCAGCUUUUCCCAGUCAUUAUCAUGAAUUUAAGGAUUUUCCAGGCAAUUUGUCCAUGGUUUUCAAGGAUAGUCACCCUGAGUUUGCUUUAGGGAUCCCCAAGGAUGUGAUUCUACACGAAGUAAACCGCGUUGGAAAAUUUUUUCAACCUCUUAUGUUAGUCAACACUAGGGACCUCACGAAACGACAAAAGAUUGUUAUCCAUGACAGUUUGCAGAUUCAUAUUAGGAUUCGUGAAGAGUUGGACAUAAUUUCGGAGGAUCUCAAUGCCUACUCCAACGAAACUCUUCCACUACAACAUGCAAACUAUCUCAAAACCCGAAUCGAACUUUUCUAUUAUGCGUUGGAGUUGCUCGACGAAUAUGAUAGCACAACUGAAUGA